CCCACCAGAGGGUUUGCAAGAGGGUGGGGAAAAGAUCAAGCAGGAUUAACAAAGCUUCUGAAUGAUUGAAAGAGAGUGCACAUAGAAGAAAUAUCAUAUGAGCGAGGAAUCUAAGGACUUGUACAACUCUGCAGAGAUUUUUUUUUUCAUUUUCAUGGAAGGAGACACAGUUGGACAUCUAUAUAUAAAGAUCAUGGGAAGCCAACAGCCCCCUGUCUCUUUGAACUAUUCUGCCACACUGAACAAUAAGACUGCCUCCCCUAUUUAUACUGAGCUACAAAUGGUGCUGCUUGGAUUAGCCAUGUUCCUACUGGUCCUGGCUAUUGUUCUUGGCAACCUGCUAGUGAUCACAGCCAUUGCCCGGUUCCAGAGACUCCAGAAUGUCACUAACUGCUUUAUCAUGUCACUAGCCUGUGCUGACUUGGUCAUGGGACUUGUGGUGGUGCCCUUUGGGGCCAUCUACAUCAUCCUCAACACAUGGCACUUUGGAAGGUUCUGGUGUGAGUUCUGGACAGCCACUGAUGUGCUUUGUGUAACAGCUAGCAUUGAGACUCUCUGUGUCAUUGCCCUGGAUCGCUACCUCGCCAUCACCUCCCCGUUCCGCUACCAUUCCAUGCUGACCAAGUGCAAGGCUUGCAUUGUGGUUAUGAUUGUGUGGAUCAUUGGUGGCCUCAUUUCCUAUCUGCCAAUCCAUUUGAAGUGGUGGAUUUCCAGCACUGAAGAGGCCAUGCACUGCAUGAACAACACCCUUUGCUGUGAGUUUCACACCAACCGAAGCUAUGCUAUUAUCUCUUCUAUUAUCUCCUUCUACAUCCCUCUUGUGAUCAUGGUGUUUGUCUACAGUCGUGUCUUUCAAGAGGCUAGGAAACAGCUAAAAAAAAUAGUCAAGAGUGAAGGCCGUUUCCGCCAAAGUGGAGGUCAGCAGGAAUACAGUGACAAAGGAGUUGGCAGAGAAGCUAGGGCCAUCAAAAAGCCUAAGGUCUGCCUGAAGGAACACAAGGCUCUAAAAACUCUAGGUAUUAUUAUGGGCAUCUUUACACUGUGUUGGCUUCCAUUCUUUGUGCUUAACGUGGUGGUGAGUGUCCAUGAAGUGGACAACAUCAAGGUACCAUUCAGAAUAUUAAACUGGAUCGGGUAUGCAAACUCAGCCUUCAACCCCCUAAUCUACUGCAGGAGUCCAGAGUUCCGAUAUGCCUUUAGGCAGAUCUUGUGCAUGAAGAGGUCUCAUUAUCCCAACCUAAGACCAUCCAAUGGAUACAAAUAUAGUGGACAGAGCUGGCAGAGUGAGCAUCAGGGACGGAGCAAGUGUAGCUCAGAGGACAGUGACCCAGCUGAAGGGGGCUCUGAGAAAGAGGAUUGCAGAUAGGAAUGACUCUAAUUGCAUUUGUAAUAAAAACCUCACAUUAGUCAAGUCCCAACACAUUCCACUAUCACUGUAAUGGCAAAGAAAUUAAUCAGAACCAGGGUCAUGGGUGGG